AGCUCAACCUGGAGAGGAGCCGCUCUCCAUCUUCUUCAUCAUCUUCUCGCCGCGCCGCGCCCGGCAAACGCGUCUCCCUCUCGCCGGCCGCCGCCGAUAUUCUUCGCGGAUCCGUCCGUCAUCUUGUCUUGCCGUCCUCCUGUGACCCCGGGUCGCCAUGGCAACGGUCAUUUGUACUCGUUUCACCGAGGAGUACCAACUGUACGAGGAGCUGGGAAAGGGCGCCUUCUCGGUGGUGCGCCGCUGCGUGAAGGUGCUGUCGGGUCAGGAGUUCGCCGCCAAGAUCAUCAACACCAAGAAGCUGUCGGCCCGAGAUCAUCAAAAGUUGGACCGCGAGGCUCGAAUUUGCCGCCUGCUCAAGCACCCCAACAUCGUGCGUCUUCACGACAGCAUCUCCGAGGAGGCUCACCAUUACCUCAUCUUUGACCUGGUGACGGGCGGCGAGUUGUUUGAGGACAUCGUCGCCAGGGAGUAUUACAGCGAAGCUGACGCCAGCCACUGCAUCCAACAAAUUCUCGAGGCGGUGCUUCACUGUCACCAGAUGGGCGUGGUCCACCGAGACCUGAAGCCGGAGAAUCUGCUGCUGGCCUCCAAGUCCAAGGGGGCGGCCGUCAAGUUGGCCGACUUCGGGCUGGCCAUCGAAGUGGAGGGCGAACAGCAGGCCUGGUUCGGUAAGCUCCGCCCUUCCGCCGUCUGGCGACUGCCGUUCUGUUCCGCUAAGGCUUGGCCCGUGCUCUCAGGCUUCGCCGGCACUCCCGGCUACCUCUCCCCCGAAGUUCUCCGCAAGGACCCUUACGGGAAGGCGGUGGACCUCUGGGCCUGCGGCGUGAUCCUCUACAUCCUCCUGGUGGGCUACCCUCCCUUUUGGGACGAAGACCAGCACCGCCUGUAUCAGCAGAUCAAAGCGGGCGCGUACGACUUCCCUUCCCCCGAGUGGGACACGGUGACCCCGGAGGCCAAAGAUCUGAUCAACAAGAUGUUGACCAUCAAUCCGUCCAAACGCAUCUCGGCCGCGGAGGCCCUGAAACACCCCUGGAUCUCGCACCGCUCCACGGUGGCGUCCUGCAUGCAUCGCCAGGAGACGGUGGAAUGUCUGAAGAAGUUUAACGCCCGACGCAAACUCAAGGGAGCCAUCUUGACCACCAUGUUGGCCACGCGCAACUUCUCGGGAGGAAAGAGCGGGAACAAGAAGACGGACGGCGUCAAGGAGUCGUCGGAGAGCACAAAUACCACCAUCGAAGAUGAGGACACCCGAGUGAGAAAGCAGGACAUCAUCAAAGUGACGGAGAUGCUCAUCGAGGCCAUCAGCAACGGCGAUUUUGAGAGCUACACCAAGAUGUGCGACCCGGCCGUGACGGCGUUCGAACCCGAGGCGCUGGGGAACCUCGUGGAAGGCCUGGACUUCCAUCGCUUUUACUUUGAAAACUUGUGGUCCAAGAACAGCAAGCCGGUCCACACCACCAUCUUGAACCCUCACAUCCAUCUAGUGGGCGAGGAGGCGGCGUGCAUCGCGUACAUCCGCGUCACCCAGUACAUCGACGGCAACGGGACGCCGCGCACUGUCCAGUCGGAGGAGACCAGGGUGUGGCACCGCCGCGACGGCAAGUGGCAGAUCGUCCACUUCCACCGCUCGGGCUCCCCGUCCACGCUCAGCAACUAACUUCCCGCGCGGGAAGUCCUCCGAUGAGCUCGCUUUGACGACCGAUUGAUGGCAGGCCGGUCGCGCGGACAAACGUGAAGAGGAGGAGCCGAGGGCGGGGCCGAAACGCGACGACCGCUUCAUUGUUCAUCCCGGCCUAUCGCAAUGACUCCUUAUUUAAUUUUACUUCAUUUUUUUUUCUUCAGCCCCCCCCCCCUUGAUGUAUUGUCAUGUGACUGAUAUGACGCCCGCCUUCACCACACGUGUCACGGCGCCCCCGUGUGGCCGGGGGCUUAGUUUAGCUUAGCAUAGCAAACACAAAUGUAUAUUUAGUGAAUGUAAAGAGACAAGAAGUGAACGGUGCGUACGUGGAUGUGUGUAUGUGCGUGCGUGUUGCCAAGUAACCGGCAGGAGGCGCGCCCAGAAUUUUCUUUUUCCAUCCAGACGCUUCCUCUCGUCUCCGACCUCGCGAGCUUCCGUACACGCUUGGACUCCGCCCGCUCGGGGGUCUAUCGCCUCCGGGCCCCGCUCCUCCCCACAACACGGACGGAGUCGAACAAACUCGACGUAGUAAUAAUUUACAUAAACACACACAAAACAUUGACGUCUUUUUAGCUCGUUCGUCCGAUUUUAGAGCUUUGACCGUCGAUUGGCUAUUUCUUUGUCUUUUUCCUCUGCGCGUGUAUAUGUACAUAGUAUUUUUGCGCUAUCAAUUGCAUGCGUUUAACUUUAACCAGCAACUUUGGAGCCGUUUGGAGCUUUGUUGUCACGUGACUUUUUGGGCUCGUUCGCACCCGAGCUUUUUUUGUUUUGAUUUUUUCCCGAUUUCGGCGACGACCGGCAAUACGCCGGUUGUUCCCGCGACCCUAUUUGCGGCGAAUCUGCGACAUUUGUUUUUAUUUGUCGGCUUGAGCUGCUUUGAAAGCAAAAUCUUCUCGCGCGUGCGCUCGGUGGAAAUCUUCCCGCGGUUUCGAUCGGACGCCAGCCGGCGACGUCGGAUCGACGGACGAGAAGCGGGUUAUUUUCUAGCUUUAGCGUUGUAAGCGGCUGUCGAGUGGGCUCUGAGCUAACUCGACCGGGGAGGGACGCUAAAUGUGCUAUGUCUCUCAGGUGAAGUGAUGACACAGAAAAAUGUACACCCCCCCCCCAGAAAAAAAAAAAAAAAAAAAAGAGUCAAUGUCGUGACGUGUCAGCGGCUGCAUGCUCGCUGCGUAACAGGAAGUGAACAUGAUGCGAGCAGGAGAGAACGUGCACGUGUUUCUCCUGCGCUGUGCUCCGGUGUUGUCAAAUUGAUAAAAAUUCCAUUAAAAAAAACUGGAUGAAAACUAGAUGUG